UCAAAAGACGCAGAAAGAACUGCGCGAAAGACCUCAGCUUUUAUCUCUGGCUGCCAUUUAUUUCCCAUAAAUAAUCUCAUAUGUCUACUCGCUUCAUUUCUCUCCCAAAUCCUGCCUGAAAAUCUGGUCAUAAAACCAUUUUCUGGCAACCCAUUACCCAGCUUUUCUUUUAGCUCCACGUAUCCGACAACCAUCAAGCAUAUCUGUCUCUUGUAGCUAUUUUUAAUAAAAUUGUACUCCAUGUUUGCAGCUUCAUCUUGAACUGGAAAUCUUGGUUUUUUCUCAAGGAAAAACUAGAGGGUAUCCACAAAAUCCCAUUUUUAAGCAAGGAAAAAUGAUCACAAUCACAGACCUUUACCAUGUGCUAACGGCUGUGGUUCCACUCUAUGUGGCCAUGAUUUUGGCCUAUGGUUCAGUAAAAUGGUGGAAAAUAUUCACCCCAGAUCAAUGUUCAGGCAUCAAUCGAUUUGUGGCACUCUUUGCAGUGCCUCUACUUUCUUUCCACUUCAUCUCCACGAACAAUCCCUAUGCUAUGAACUACAGAUUCAUAGCCGCUGACACCCUUCAGAAAAUCAUAGUGCUUUUUGUUCUUGCCAUUUGGUCAAGAAUCAGCUCAAGAGGGUCCCUUGAAUGGUCCAUCACUCUGUUUUCUCUUUCUACGCUCCCCAACACUCUUGUAAUGGGGAUCCCUCUGUUGAAAGGGAUGUAUGGUGAGUCUUCAGGGAGUUUAAUGGUGCAGAUAGUGGUGCUUCAGUGCAUUAUUUGGUACACUUUGAUGCUGUUUUUGUUUGAGUACAGAGGAGCCAGAUUGCUUAUUGCAGAGCAGUUCCCAGAUACUGCAGCCUCCAUUAUCUCCUUUAGAAUCGAUUCUGAUAUCAUUUCUUUGGACGGUAAAGAGCCUCUGCAAACUGAAGCUGAAGUUGGUGAAGAUGGAAAACUCCAUGUUACUGUAAGAAAAUCAACAAGUUCAAGGUCUGAAAUCUUUUCAAGAAGAUCCCAUGGGCCUAAUUCUGGUGUUUCUAUGACGCCUAGACCUUCAAAUUUAACGAAUGCAGAGAUUUAUUCUUUGCAGUCAUCAAGAAACCCCACCCCAAGAGGCUCAAGCUUUAACCACACUGAUUUUUAUUCUAUGGUGAAUGGGAGGAACACUAGCAAUGUUAGUCCAAGGCAUUCAAAUUAUGGGAACUUGGGGUUUGAUGAGGAGAGUGGUCAUGGGAACCCUUCAAGGCCUUAUGGGGUUUCUGGGCAGGGGAAUGCAGGGUACCCUGCACCUGCCGGUGCCGAAAUUUUCUCUCCAGUGACAGACUCCUGCACGAAAAAGAAGGCUAAUGGUACAGAGGGUAAUGGCAAAGAUCUUCACUUGUUUGUUUGGAGUUCUAGUGCUUCACCAGUUUCUGAAGGAGGGAUCCAUGUAUUCAGGGGAGGUGAAUAUGGAAAUGAAAUCAAUGUUGGAGCUCAUCCCAAAGGUAAUUUUCCUCAUUUGGAGUAUAUUGGGCGAGACGAGUUCAGUUUUGGGAACAAACAGGGACUAAAUGGAAUGAACCGGGAAGGACCAGUACUAUCGAAGCUCGGAUCAAGUUCGACAACCGAGCUUCGUCCGAAGCCUAGUGCAGAGACUAAGACAACAACCAUGCCUCCAACUAGUGUGAUGACUCGGCUCAUAUUGAUUAUGGUGUGGCGAAAGCUUAUGAGGAAUCCAAACACUUAUUCCAGCCUCUUUGGCCUCACAUGGUCUUUGGUCUCAUUCAAGUGGCAUGUUGAGAUGCCUGCAAUUAUCGCCAAAUCUAUAUCUAUUUUGUCUGAUGCCGGUCUUGGAAUGGCAAUGUUCAGUCUUGGAUUGUUUAUGGCAUUGCAGCCUAGGAUGAUUGCUUGCGGGAAAUCAGUUGCUGCCUUCUCCAUGGCGGUGCGAUUUCUUACAGGACCCGCAGUUAUGGCUGCUGCCUCAAUAGCCAUUGGACUUCGGGGUGUUCUUUUACACGUUGCAAUCGUGCAGUCAGCACUUCCACAAGGAAUCGUUCCUUUUGUCUUCGCAAAGGAAUAUAAUGUUCAUCCCGAUAUCUUGAGCACCGGGGUGAUAUUCGGGAUGUUAAUAGCUCUACCUAUAACUUUGGUGUACUAUAUCUUGCUGGGACUUUGAAGUUGAAGCAGUAAAGUUGAUGUGGCUGCUGCAGAUUAAAGAAAGAACUAACCCUUUUGGCAUGGCAUUUUUUGGGCUUCUAACAAGACACAGAAAAUCAAGCAGAAAAUGGCGGGCAGGUAGAACAUUGAAGAGACUCACUCUUGUAACAAGGCUGAGCUGAUAUAUAUAAAGAGAGAAGAAUGCAAAAUUAUUAGUGGGAAAAUUUUCUGUUGUCUUUUCUUCCUUCUUAUGCCCUCUAUUACUUAAUUUCGUUCCUUUUCCUUGAAGAAAAUGAUGCUUAUUCUUGUUAUGACAAAAUAAAUAUAGCAAUUGAGAACAAAGAGGAAGAAGGUGAAUAUGAAAUCUUCAAAGGCUUGAACACGAAGAAUGUAUCGUCGUCCUCAAACAA